AUGGUUAUUCUUCUCCUUUAUGUUGAUGACAUGAUCAUUACAGACAGUGACUUGAAGGAAAUUCAUGCUUUGAAGCUUCAUCUAAGAUCUUGCUUUGAAAUGAAAGAUCUUGGUCUCUUAAGAUACUUUCUUGGGAUUGAAAUCGAAAAAUCCUGUGAUGUAUAUUUUAUUUCUCAAGUAAAGCAUGCAUCUGAUAUUCUCCAAGGUGCAGGGUUAACUGAUAUCAAGACUGUUGAUACACCACUUGAACUGGAUCUUAUACUCAAUUGUUAUGAAGGACAUGCACUAUCUAAUCCAACAAUGUAUCAACAUCUUGUUGGGAGUCUUAACUAUCUCACCAUUGCACGACCAGAUAUCAGCCAUGCAGUCCAUAUUGUGAGUCAGUUCAUGACAUCUCCAAGAUCAACACACUUUGCUGUUGAGCUUCGAAUUCUAAAUUAUAUCAAAGGUACUUUAUAUCAAGGAUUACACUUCUCAAGCAAUUUAGAUCUUCGUCUUCGCGGAUACUCCGACUCUGAUUGGGCAGGUGAUGUUACUGACCGACGAUCAACCACUGGAUAUUGCCUAUUUUUAGGUAAUUCUUUAAUAUCUUGGCGUAGUAAGAAACAAACUGUGGUCUCUCGGUCAAGUGCUGAAGAUGAAUACCGAGCUCUUGCUCACACUACUUCAGAAAUUGUUUGGAUACGAUGCCUGCUUCAAGAUAUGGGAGUUAAGCUAUCUGAACCUACUCCACUCGCCUGUUAUAACAAAGAUCCUAUUCACAUUGCUCACAAUGAUGUAUUUCAUGAGCAUACAAAACACAUUGAGAUAGACUGUCAUUCUGUACGACAUCACUUUAAACAUCUGACAAUCACUCUGCCGCAUGUUUGUUCAGAAUUGCAACUAGCCGAUAUCUUCACAAAAACUCUACCUGCAUCUCGUCUUCAUAUCUUGUCUACCAAACUCAAUAUGUUCUCUGCACCAUCUUGA